UUCGUUCUCGCGUUUCCCGAGACCCGAGGCGGGGGUGGGGUUCUCGUGCUCUCGCGAGAGGCGGGAAAGAGCGCAGGGUUUGAAAGAUGGCGGACGACGUGGACCAGCAACAAACCACCAACACUGUGGAAGAGCCCUUGGAUCUCAUCCGGCUCAGCCUGGACGAGCGCAUCUACGUGAAGAUGAGAAACGACAGAGAGCUUCGAGGCCGGCUGCACGCUUAUGAUCAACAUUUAAAUAUGAUAUUGGGAGAUGUGGAAGAAACUGUGACAACUAUAGAAAUUGAUGAAGAAACAUAUGAAGAAAUAUAUAAAUCAACAAAACGGAAUAUUCCGAUGCUCUUUGUGCGGGGAGACGGCGUUGUGCUGGUUGCCCCGCCGUUGAGAGUUGGCUGAAGCGAGAACUCGCCGCCUGUGGGAGACGGGCUGUGCUGUGCAGUCGCCCCUUUGAGUGUGGGAGAUGGUCGAAGGGGAGACCGAUGUGCAUCUUGAUGCUGACAGUAACCGAGAGUUCCUCCACUCCUGCAAUAAGUUGAUUUGUAGAUAACUCACAAAUAACCCUUCCAAUAAAUGUGAUCGCCACGAUACAGAGCUUUUCCAGGAA